AAGAAAAAAUAUCCGUAUCAUGUCGAAAACAUAACGAGGCGGAUGUAAUAGAAAAAGUCCAGUCCCCUUCGUGCUCCGGAGUUGUGCGCUGAAAGAUGUGUCUGGAAACUGAAAGCGUGUAACUAAAGUGAAGUACGGACGAAUAAUACUUUUAGGUCUGGUGUCGAAUUGGCAACGGCACCAGCGAAACAUCCUGCGGUCGCCUCCUCAACACGGGUACGGGGCGCGGCAGCUCGGAGGAAAGUGGGCGCCAACAGCAUCCGAUAAGAACGGAAAUGAUUACAACCAAAUACUUUUUCCUGCUAACGUUGAUCACCGCCGGCUUUGUGUUCAUUUUACUGUACCAUUGGUUCUCGACAAAGGUUAUUCUCGCUGAUAAGCUUGCGGUACAUAUCGGCGAUGGCAACGAUGAGCACCUGAUACAUAGCAGCGUAAAUCAUUGGCAAACCUCCACCGGCAAAGUGGAUGAUCAGACGACCUACCGAAACUUCGAUGAAAAGUUUGUGAUAAUCUACAACCGGGUACCGAAAACGGGCAGCACUAGCUUCGUCAACCUAACGUACGAUCUGUGCAAGAAAAAUGCAUUCCACGUACUGCACAUUAACAUUACCGCCAACAUGCACGUACUAUCGCUACCGAAUCAGCUCAAGUUUGUGCGCAACAUUACCGCGUGGGAUAGUAUGAAACCUGCCUUCUACCAUGGACACAUGGCUUUCUUAGAUUUCUCAAAAUUCGGUAUGCCAUCGAAACCGCUGUAUAUAAACCUAAUCCGGCAACCGCUGGAUCGGCUGGUUUCGUACUACUACUUCCUGCGUUACGGUGACGACUAUCGGCCGUACCUGGUGCGGCAUCGGGCCGGCGAUACGAUGACAUUCGACGAGUGCGUUUCCCGCCAGAAACCCGACUGCGAUCCGACGAACAUGUGGCUACAAAUCCCGUUCUUCUGCGGACAUCACGCCGAAUGCUGGAAGCCCGGCAGCAGCUGGGCACUCGAGCAGGCCAAACGGAAUCUCGUCAACGAGUACUUCCUGGUCGGGCUGACGGAGGAAAUGGACGAGUUCAUCGAGCUACUGGAGCUGUCACUCCCACGGUUGUACCGUGGAGCCGUUGCCCACUUCCAGAAGUCCAACAAAUCGCACCUGCGCAAAACGAAAUCGAAGGUCGAACCAGCCCUUGAAACGGUGGCCAAGAUCAAGGAGUCCACCAUCUGGCAGAUGGAGAAUGAGCUGUACGAGUUCGCCCGGGAUCAGUUCCAUUUCGUGCAGAAAAAACUGCGCACUCCCGGCCGCAGCAUGAUGCAGGACUUUCUGUACGAGAAAAUUAAACCAAACCAAAAUGGGCCCUCGAAGAACUGAUACCGGAAUCGGGAUCCCCUUCAAGGGAAGGCUCUCAAGCGACAACGCAAGCGAGGCUUUAGGAGGGACCCAGGGCAUGUGGCAUGAAUGUUGUUUGUGAUACUCUUGAAUGCAAAUCCGUGCAUGCGUGAAUGUCUGUAUGUGUGCGUAUGUGUGUGUGUAUGUAUAAGUUUGAGAUCUGUAAUGGUGCCACUCGGUGUGCCGCUUUCGAAACGUUUGAAAGACAUUACUUUACAAAUAAUGAAGCGGUGGAAGAAAGAAGCUCAUAAAGUCAGGAUCGAUGAUAAGGCUGGAAAAUUGUUGAUUAAUUGUAAAUGUUCCUCUACCGAUAGUUACUUACCAUCUUAAAAUCGCAUUUUUUCUCAUUGUCGCAGUAGAAUAAGACGAUUUCACCAUCAUUCAUUUUUCUAAUGGUUUUGACUUUUGCUUGGUGUAACAUCCACCUAUUAUCAUCGUUGGUCUCGAAACGGUGGUCUUUAGUUUAUCUUAAAGCGUUCCUUUGCUAGUUAAAGACAUUUUUUUUCAAUUUGCCCACUUCAUAGUAAAAUACAAGGGCAGGCAGCUUAUCGGGAUAAAAAGUGAAAAACAAACCAAUCGCUAAUCGACCGCAACUUACAAUAAAGCACUAAACCAAGAAUAAUGAAACAACAAAAAUUGCAAGACACAUACAAUAAGUAAUCUAAUAAAAGACAUAUUUUUCAU